ACUGGCGGAAGGGGAAGUGCAGGGGGCAGGCGGCGGUGGGGAAGAUGGCGUACCAGAGCCUCCGACUGGAGUACCUGCAGAUCCCACCGGUCAGCCGCGCCUACACCACCGCCUGCGUCCUCACCACCGCCGCUGUGCAGUUGGAAUUGAUCACACCCUUUCAGUUGUACUUCAAUCCUGAAUUAAUCUUUAAACAUUUUCAAAUAUGGCGGCUUAUCACCAAUUUCUUAUUUUUUGGGCCAGUUGGAUUCAAUUUCUUAUUUAACAUGAUAUUUUUAUAUCGUUACUGUCGAAUGCUAGAAGAAGGCUCUUUCCGAGGUCGGACAGCAGACUUUGUAUUUAUGUUCCUUUUUGGUGGAUUCUUAAUGACCCUUUUCGGUUUGUUUGUGAGCUUAGUUUUCUUGGGCCAGGCCUUUACAAUAAUGCUUGUCUACGUGUGGAGCCGGAGGAAUCCCUAUGUCCGCAUGAACUUCUUCGGCCUUCUCAACUUCCAGGCCCCCUUUCUACCCUGGGUGCUCAUGGGCUUUUCCUUGUUGUUGGGAAAUUCAAUCAUUGUGGACCUCUUGGGUAUUGCAGUUGGACACAUAUAUUUUUUCUUGGAAGAUAUAUUUCCCAUUCAGCCUGGUGGAAUAAGAAUUCUGAAAACACCAUCUAUUUUGAAGGCUAUUUUUGAUACACCAGAUGAGGAUCCAAAUUACAAUCCACUACCUGAAGAGCGGCCAGGAGGCUUCGCCUGGGGUGAGGGCCAGCGCCUCGGUGGUUAAGGAAUCAGUGCCAAUAGCAAGACCCAGCUGGGAAGGACUCGGUGACAUGUGCCCAUUGCGGUUCUUUUAUCCUUUGUGUUGCAAAAGUGUGGACACUUUUGACAGCUUGACAGAUUUUAACUCCAGAAGCACUUUAUGAAAUGGUACACUGAUCAAUCCAGAAGACAUUUCCAGCAGUUUGCCAGUGGUUCCUCACUACACUGGGACUGUAAGUGUAAUCUCUUGGAGCCAAAAACUGGAGAAGCAGAUACCCUGCCGCCUCUAUCAAACAAGUAUCUGAGUACUUGAGUUCUAUGGUAUAAGAUAGAGCUUUUUCCUCUUCUUUGAUAGACGAAGCCAUGGUGUAAAUGGAAGUUUCAGAGAGGACAAAAUAAAACUGAAUUCCAUCUCACUCUCACUGAAUUAAAGCUUUUGUGUGUGAUCUUUUAAAUUAUGAUAAUGUAUUCUAGCUCUCCUGCAAAGGUGUGAACUUAAAGCAGGUUACAUGCCUGCUCUUCCAGCAUCUUCACAGCUUUGGACUGAAUUUCAUUUCAAGAUUGGAAAUGUGGCUGUUAUACUGUGUUAUACACACUUUUUACCAGUUCAGAAUGCCAACUCCAGCAGGAAGAUUUGUUUCUAUUGUCCUGAUAGUUUGUUCUCCAUCUGGGUUUUGCAAAAAGCAUAUGAUAGGGAUUGUGGUUCCUGUAGUAGCAGAUUUCUUUUCUAGGAAAGUUAGCUAUAAACACAAAAUUAAUGUCUUGCUUACUGUGCAUUUCUCCAUCAAGAGCCAGGAGAAAAACAGGUAAUUGCCACACUGCUGGAAAACAUGUUGACUUUGGAGUUAGAUGAACAGGUACUGGUUAGGUAGGGAUACAUCUCUCCCAGGUCUUUGGCUGUAAACAUUUAUCAUUUGCUUUGUGAAAAGCAAAGAAGUUUUGCAGAGCCAAGUACCUGAUUUACCUUAAGACAGGGUCCACAGAAGUAGCACUUAAAGCUUCUGGUUCAUUAAGUACUAACUUCCCUGGAUCUGCAUUCACACUGCUUAAGUGUUUCAGAAGCCCAGAAUAAAAUUGACACUCCCCCCAAAAAACACAUUAUUUCAAAUAGUUUUUAUAAACAGCCUGGAACCACUUUCCAGGGGAUUCCACUUGAUUAAGUGGUAGCUUUUGAGGGUAUGAGGUUUUCCUCAGGUGAACUUGAGGUUUGGAUUAAAUGUCACAAACAUCCUAAAUGGACAUCUUCAGGUUGUGAAGUGAAAGAUAUUUUAAGAUCUUUAACUGGAGUAUGCAUACGUAAUGGAAUUAAUAUAAAUAUUUUACAGGUCACUAGUCACUAACUGCUAAUAUGAUUGUUGUGAUUUUAUGGAACUUGGGUUAAUGGGACUGCUUUUUUCCCUAAGUGGUCAAAAAAUCUUUAAAUGGCAAUCUUAGAAUGUAUAAUCCUUAUGGGAUUCUUAAUUUUUGUCAUGUCUUUGUUGAAGAAAGCUUUACAGUGUACUUCAUUACAGUGGUUUUUAAAAUUUUACCUCCCUUAGUUAAGAGAUUUCUAAUUCAUGCAAUUUUUGUGGUAAAGACUUAAUAUAUAUUCACUGUUCAUUUAAGUAAGGGAUGUAUGUACAUGUUAAUGACUGAGUAGAACAGGAAACAAUUUUUUAAUUUAUGGCACAAUGCAAAUCAGUUAUGGGAAUUUGAGUUCUCUGAUUUUGUGGGAUGAGAAUUUCUGGUGGCGAGAUGCCUUUCUGUUACACAGUGUCCUGGGCAGUGAUGAUGUCAACCACUGACCUCUUACAGAUGGCCGGUUCCAUAAUCACCAUCCCUUAGUAGAAUACCAAAACUUAACUUAGACAUAAGAAAAAGCCCUCACUUCAUCCCCAGCUUAAUUCUUAAAUCUUGAUUCUUCCAGAACACAACUCUUUUCAUAAGGCAAGCAAACUGAAACGUGAGCCUUGAUAUGUAGUCUGGUCACCAACUUACCGAUCUAUACAUAAAUAAGGAGUUCCUGGAUUCUAACCAGUGAUACUGAAAAGCACACCUGACUAACACAUAAUUUUCUUUGUUGUAAAGAUACAGUCGGUUCAUUUUUUAAAAAAUGGACGUGCAAAUUUCAUCUCCUUAGGAGAUACAUUUUAUAAAUAUUUUUAAAGGUUGGGUUUUUUUCCCUGCUUUGGAUUUCUAUUUCUUUUCUCCACUUGUUCUUUUUCCUGUGUUACUCUUAUGUGUCCUGAUAUCUUUCAUACCUCUUGUGUGGUCUCUGCAGAGAGCAUCCAAGUCCUGGAUCUUAGUAAUGAAACCUGUGUCUGGGACCUAUGACAGUUAGCAAUUAGAGCUAUUGGCUUCUUGGGUAAGGGACUUCCUAAAAUGCUCACGCCCUUGGUAAUCAGUAUUUUAUAUUGUGGCUGCACUUUUCCUUUGACAUGUGAGUGUUGAUAGUCACGGUACUGCCAUUGUUUUUCACUGUUCUAUAGGAUGUCUGUCCCUUAAUCUACUUGUAUAUUUUUGUGAGUUUCUGUAAAGUUGUUAAACUUUGGUCACAAAUCACUCCUUGUUCAGAAAUCCACAGUAACUUCUUUGUAAGGCCCACAUCAAUGAAUACUGUUAGUCUUCGUCUGAACCUUACUCCCACUUCUUCCUAAGAGAGACCUCAAUUUAAGUCUCUUUAGUUCUUAAAGACCUGGCCCUGUUCUUAGCCCCUCAAGUAAUCUUGACUCUUGAGUCCUAUUUCAUUGUCGUUCUUCUCUGAAUCCCUAUAAAGUCUCAAGUCUGUAUGACAUACUCUUACACCAAAUUAUAUAAUGUACUGUUCCUAGCUGGUACAUGUAUAUUAGUCUUGUCUUCCUCAUGAGAAUGUAAGCUCCUUUAAGGGCAGGGACCAUGUCUUAAAAUUUUGUAUCCACCACAGUGCCUAGCACAGUGCUUGGCACAUGGGUGCUGAAUAAAUACUUUGUUUAUUGAUCA